UAGUCAACUCAAGCCCUGUACUUUUACCAGUCUGGACAAAGAGCAGCGACGUCGUUUCGGUUUUCCAUUACCACCUUCCUCCACUCUCACUCAUCAACCAAACAUGCAAACCCCAUUUCCAUUUCCUUCUUCUAACAAACUCUGAACAAUCAAACGCUUAUUGUGUUGUGCAUGUUUUCUUCAAAUGGAAGAAGCACUUAACGCCAAUCAAAGUCUACACACUCACUCAACUUAAGCUUUCUUUCUAUUAUACAAAACAUCACUACUUCUUUGGCGAGAGAGUUUUUGCAUUUGUGAGUAGAAGAUGUCACGCCCAUUAUCAUCAUCGGCAAAUGUUGGAGAAGUGAUAGAUUUUAAGUGGGGCAAGAAGAGGGGAGUUGGUGUGAAGAACAAGGACACUCAUUACUAUGAGUCCUUCGUUUACGAUGGUGUGGAGUAUUUUCUAUAUGAUUGUGUCUACUUGUUCUCUACAAGUAAUGUUGAAACUAACAUCGGCAAGCUUAUCAAGAUAUACGAGAGACCUACCCGUGAAAAGAUGAUCAAAGUUGUUUGGUUUUUCCGACCCAUGGAAAUUCGUAACUUUCUCGGAGAUUAUCAGCCCUGUUGGAAUGAGUUAUUUUUGGCAUCUGGUGAGGGCACAGGUCUUUCCAAUAUGAACCACCUGGAAUCAAUUAUUGGAAAAUGCAAUGUUGUUUGCACUUCAAAGGACAUUAGAAAUCCCAAGCCAUCAGAAACGGAAUUAAACAACGCAGACUACUUUUUCAAUUGCACGUUUGAUGUUGGAAGGCGUGUACUCAUUGAUAAAUUUACUAAUGAGAUUGAUGGAGUUAAAGUGGAGCAGUUCUUUAACAAGAGAAGGGUUGAUCAAACCAGUAACCAUCUACAUGUUGGGACAGAUAUUAGACCCAAAAUUGUGACCAAGACUUAUCCUAUCUCACAUUGUCAAGUUAACGAUAGAGCUGAAGGGAGAACUUCUGAGAAUACUUUCCCAAAGCAUUCUUCAGAUUCCUAUCCAUAUAAAAAGAGGAAGAUUAUAGAAGAGAAGCCAAACAUUGGUCAAAGUAGCGAGACUCCUAAAGAAGAAAAAAUUAAUGAGAAGAAGGUAGAAAUCAAACGGGACGAAAAAUUCAACGCAGAUAAAAGGAUUAUUGAUGUAGUUGAAAGACCAGAUGCAGACAAGAGAAAGUGGUUUAAGAAAAUGCCUUGGGAUGAAAGACUGCGGAGAGCUCAAGAAUUGGAUACCUUAGUUUUAUUGAAUAAUCUGGAUCCAUCCUACACAUCAUAUGAAGUGGAGGAUCUUGUUUGGUGUGCUCUCAAAGUAAAGGUUCAGGCAAGGAUGAUAGAAUGGAUCCCAAGUUCCAGUACAUACUAUGGUAGAGCAUUUGUUAUUUUUAAAACAAAAUGUGAAGCUGAAUCUGCAAUAUCCGAGUUAAGUAGAAGAUGCCUUAGUCUUGGAGAAGGAAGGAUUGUCAGUGCCAUGAAGGGAGCUCUCCGUGAGCCUGACAAGAAGAAAAAAUUCACUGGCCAUUUGGUCAUUGACAGAACUGCGCUUCAAAGACAAAACCAGGAGAUGAGGAAUGCAGUAUCAACAUCCCAUUGUUCUCAGCCCAAUACAAUAGAGUACCCCAUGUCCAUUGAAUGGCUACUGCAUUAUGCGAAGUUUAAUGCAUGUUGGGAUGCACUAUAUCAGCGACAAAUGAAGGAGAUACAAGAUGUGAAGAGCAAGCUUAGAAUGGACAGGAAUUUUUCUGACUAGUCAUACAUUCUCAAAUCGUGCUCCAAAGAAUUUUGUUUUCCAACUUUUUAUUGAUCAAUAGCAAUCUAACCAUUUUGAGGGCUGUGUUUAGGUUAUGUUUCCUCAUAUACAAGGAAAUUUGUAGGUAAGCUGACACAUUUUCUCGACUCCAAUGUCUCAACUGGGUGUGAUGUUUUGUGCUUAGUGUAUAUAUAGUAUUUUGAACAAAUGUGUGAAUACAUGCAGAAUUUUCUUAAUACAGUUAUAGAAAUUGUCCUUUCCAUCAACGCUUUCUUGUUUUUGUCUGGGGAAGAGAAUGGAAGGAUGUAAAUUGGACACUAUUUCAAUAUUGAAAUUUCCGCCUUCAAUACAGAAUUUUACAUGUAUAUUCCCUGUUAUCUAUCCCAAAUUCUCUUCAGCAAAACAUUUACAAUUCAAUCUUUUUCAUGCAAUCGAAUCAGUCAAAUCAUGGUUUAUUUUCUUCACAGUUCUCUAUUACUGAAGUCAAUUGGUUGAAUCAGUACACAAGAAAGAACCAGGAGGGGAUGCAGACAAGGUUAGAAAAAUGAUUAUCUGUACAAAUUACUUAAUAUAUAUUAAUAAUACAUGGGAAUCAGUGUACUGAAUACUGAAUACCUU